AUAUCGAAAGAGAAGCGAAAAACAGAGUUACUUACAGACAGCUCAGUUUGUACAUGAGAGCCAGUGUCAGAUUUGGGAUACAGCUAAGUUUUUUUUUUUUUGAAGUGUUGAGGAGUUGUAGGAUCAUAUCCUACUGUGGGUAUCACCGCAGGCUAACAAUUCUCCAACGGAACAUGUCUCAUCGGCAUCACCGGUGAGUUUCACCUCCGGCAUCGUUGUCAAACUCGAAAUCCCUGCAGAAUAUUGUGUAAUCAGACUAGUCACUAAUCUCUUUGGUUGACAAUAAUUGUCAUAAUACCAGUGAUUGUUGCAUAGAAAUUUUGCCCAUGUAUUUAUACCUCAGCACACCAUGAAAUUAGAAGGUAAUAAAGUGGCUUUUUGGCAUUCAAAUAUUGGUCUUGAGCCUGAAUCUCAAGCGUUUGUGUUCAUUGACGAUGAUCAAGUUUCCGAUGGAUACAAAUUACAAAACCAGAAAGUGAAGGAAUACGAAAAUGGAGUUCAUGCAGUUUUAGAGAACAAUGAAGAAGGUUUAGAUUCAUCACAAUAUCACAUGGAGUCAGCUGAUUGUAUGAAAAAUGAAUAUGAAGCAAAGGUAAAAGACUUAGUUGAGCCUGUAUCUCAUUCUACCAAGGAUAUAGAAUCAUUUAUGAUGUUUCCAAAUGAUAUAGAAUCAGUUAAAAGGUCACCUACAUCACCAAUCUCUAAUCCUGUGAAGGGAAGAAACUCACCUUGGAAUCCUGAGGAUGGUUACAUGGACAAAACUGUUACACAAUGUGAACCACAUCUGGAAGUGUGUUACAAAGAGAGUAAUUAUCAUGUUGUCAAGGAUAUCUGCAUUGAUGAAGGGGUCCUUAAAAAGGAUAAGGUCAUGUUUUUGAAUCCCGACGAUGAAAAGGCUCACAAUUUCUUCCCUUCUGAUAGUUACGAAAAUAAAGAAAAGCAGAAAGACAACACCAGUAUCGGUGUACUAAGCCUAAUACCAACAGGGGAAAAGGCUCACAAUUUCUUCCCUUCUGAGAGUUACGAAAACAAAGAAAAGCAGAAAGACAACACCAGUAUCAAUGUACUAAGCCUAACACCAACAAAGGAGUCUGACAAGGAUCCUGCUAAUCAUGAUCAGCCCAAGGAUUUGAUGCACAAAGAUGAGGAUGCAACUGAAAAAGUUUCCAGUAAUGUCAACAAAGAGACGCCUUUACCCGAAGACAAGGUUUUGUUGCAAGAUUUACUCGCUCAGGAUUCUGUAUCUUCUGAUGACAAGGGUGAACAGAUCUCCAAUGAGCCUGAAUUGCACUCCCAACCGGAAGAGUCCAAAAAUACAGUUGAGGAAGCAAUAUUGGAAACUCCUUCUUUGGCAUUGGAAGAUGAUGAAUCAAAUAAUGAUAACGUGCUUUCAGAGAAAGGAAGCUUCACUCAUCAAUUGGAUCCUUCAGUUCCUUCGGAUUGUGGUAAAGAGGAUUGCCACCAAGCUGGUGUUUGUAAAUGUGAUGAAAUUCAACAAACAAUGAAGCCGGUAGAAGGGAAGUCUGAUGAUCAGGCUGUAACUGGCACUGUUCGUCACAGCCUAGGCGAGGCAAGUUUCUCUGCCAUUGGCCCUAUGUCAGGUCGAAUAAGCUACUCAGGGCCGGUGCCUUAUUCUGGCAGCAUCUCUCUUCGAUCAGACAGCAGCACUACCAGCACGCGAUCCUUUGCAUUCCCCAUAAUUCAAUCUGAAUGGAAUAGCAGCCCGGUCAGGAUGGCAAAAGCCGACAGGAGUCACUACCGGAAGCAACGGUGGUGGAAGGAUAGCUUUCUUUGCUGUAAAUUCUGAGAGAUUAGUUUCCUUUUUAAUAGGUUAAAGAUUUCAUAUAUAUCAUUUAAAUUCUACCUUGAGUAUCAUGCUUCUUAUACAUCAUCUCCCUAGCUGUUGAGUAGUGUGCAGUAGGUUUAGAAUGGCCAGUCAAUGCUCCUAAAUGUUUGCAGGCAAAAGUAGUCGUUUUAGCAUAGCUUGCAUCUGCUUCUCUCCCUUUUCUCUCAUUGCCUAUACAUGGUUUCAUUGAUUUUUUUAUUUUAUUUCAAUUACAAACAAUUUAGUAGUACAUAUUAAAUUUUAUGUAUAACUGCAAGCUUUUAAAUUAGAAGGUAGUUAGUUGAAUCUUUGAA